UUCUCAUCAUCCAAUAGUAAUCAAUAACACCGAGGGGUCAGAUGCAGUUGGCAAAACCCCAGCUGAACUCGCGAGUGACGAGCCAUGCUGUAUCACAUUCAGCGGUAACGUACUGCUGGUAAAUCAUAUCCCCUCCAAACCUGCCCGAUCAAUAGCUUGAGUGCACCUCUUCUUCGCUGGAUUGGGCCUUGCCUAAACUAUCAAGAUGCAUCUCUCACUGCCCUCUACUCCUUUCUCAGCCCCGUCCCCAGCGGCUGAGCUGCCAUGCAACGACGUCUACGUCGUUGCGUAUGACUUCAAAAGUAUUGAUUCCCACACCGCCAUCAAAGAGUUCCGUACCCUACUUGAAGACCUUGAGGCAGCAGGGCUCCACGCUGAGGUGAGGGCUGGAUACGAGCAGACACUCUUGGUCUUUGUGAAAGCCCCGAGGGAACUGCUCGGGAACACCGUCUACAAGCUAAGGGUCAAGGAUUGGCUCUAUGGUGUCACACCGAGCCAUCCGGGCGGAACCAAGGACACCAUCGUGGACGGCGCCUACGAGGCUGAAGAUGUGCUGUCCAUGUACCACCUUGUGCAUUGGCCCAAGGACCUCGGCGGGGCCGGCAUCUCGCCAGGCAUAGGGAAAUGGAAAAACGUCAGGGCCAUCUUUCCCCUGCACAACCAGAGGGUUAACCAGUCGCUGCUCCGCCAUCUCAGCAAGCGCGUCUUCUUGACCACCCAGGACCUCGACAGCAUCCGGGAUCUGUUUGGAUCCAAGGUCGCAUUCUACUUCGCCUUCAUCCAGACGUAUCUGGCCUUUCUUACGUUUCCCGCCGUCACUGGCCUCGUUGCAUGGUUAUGGCUCCCCAAGUACUCCCUGGUGUACGCAAUCACGACGUGCAUCUGGUGUUCUGUUUUCCUGGAAUACUGGAAGAUCCAAGAGGUCGACCUAAGCAUCCGGUGGGGCGUCAAGGGCGUCAACAAGGUGAAGGUGAACCGGCCGCAAUUCGUAUACGAGAGGAUCUUCGUCGACGGGAGCGGCCGCACCAUCCACUACUUCCCCAAGUGGAAGCAACUCACACGCCAGCUCCUGCAGAUCCCGUUUGUGGCGGUGGCAAUGCUCGCCCUCGGCGUCAUCCUUGCCAUUGUCUUCGCCAUCGAGGUCCUCAUCUCCGAGACAUAUGCGGGGCCUUACAAGUUCUAUCUGGAGUAUCUCCCCACUGUCCUGUUGGCCGUCGCCCUCCCCUCCAUCAGCUCGUCCCUCGAAGACGUCGCUGAUUGGUUAACCGAGUUCGAGAAUCACCGGACAGCCGACUCCCACGAGAUGUCGCUGGCCCAGAAGGUCUUCGUCCUCAACAUCAUCACCAACUACCUCCCCAUCCUGCUCACCGCGUUCGUCUACGUCCCCUUCGGCGACGACAUCGUCCCAUGGCUGAGGGCAUCCAUCCAGAAGCACCUCGGGAGCCCCGCGGUCCAGAAGCUCGCGUACAAGCCCUUCACCGCGGACCACGACAAGCUCCGCAACGAGGUCAUCGCCCUGACGGUGACGGGCCAGAUCUGGGGCUUCUUCGAGGAGAACAUCCUGCCCUACAUCCGGCACAAGCUGCAGGGCUGGUACCGCGACUUCCGGCGCGCUCGGACCCACGACGGCUCCAUGCUCCUGACGGUGGUGCGCGACGAGCCCGACGAGGCCGACCUCCUGGCCCGGGCCCGCGACGAGGCCACCCUGGACCAGUACAACGUACACGAGGACGUGGCCGAGAUCGUCCUGCAGUUCGGCCACCUCGCCCUGUUCUCGCCCGUGUGGCCCGUCCUGGCCGCCGGCUUCCUUCUCAACAACUGGGUGGAGGUCCGCUCCGACUUUGCAAAGAUCUGCAUCGAGCACCGCAGGCCCGCGCCCGCCCGCGCCGACGGCAUCGGGCCGUGGGUCGGCGCCCUCGAGUUCCUCGCCUGGGCCGGGAGCAUCUCGACGGCCGCCAUUGUGCACCUGUUUGGCGCCGAGGGGGCCGCCGCCGGCAGUGCCUGGUGGUCGCUCGCGGCGACGGUGUUCGUCAGCGAGCACGUCCUCCUCGCGGUGCGGGCGCUGGUGCGGUUCGCGCUCCGCAGCGCAGGGUCGGAGCAGAUACGCCGCGAGAGGGACGUGCGCUACGCCAACCGGCGGAGACACCUCGACGAGAUGGAGGCGCAUAAACAGGCCGGGUUGGCGCUCAGCGUUGCCGAGAGGGAGCGCCGGAGGACGGUCCUUGCUGCUGGCGGGGAGGCGUUUUGGACUAGGCAGGCGAGGGAGGGGGCGGGUGUCGAGGUUGGGGUUGGCCUGAUUGAGCGGGUUAAGCGGGCCGAGGAGAGGGGACCGCAGCAUGAGAGGAGGGAAAGAUAA